AUGACGCUGAGGCAUCAUCACAUGCGCAACAACGACGAAGUCGCGGAGACCUUCAACUGGACUGCAGUGAUGCCUCCCCCCAGUGCGCGCUUCGCGGUCCUGGAGGCCCUAACAAACGAACUUCAAAGCGCCAUCCCCUCUAUCGCAAGACCCGCGGUCCUAGGAGUGUUCGAUGAGACGUCACUUUAG